AAACAGCGGACAUUCGUUUACAUAUCUUCAAGUGUAAACUCCUCCCGGCCGGGCUGUAAAGACCAUGCAAACGAGCUAACCCCAAGCUAACCAGGAAGUGACAGAAGAAUAUUCCAGGCAAAACAGAAACAACCUUGUUUAGCGAGAACCGCAGACAGCGUCUUCUGUCGAGGAGCAGAUAUUCUGUAUUUUUAGAAGCAGUUAAACCUCACAGCUGUUCUACUUUUUUAAUUAUGUAUUAUUUUACAACCGAGAGAGGAACACUGGCUACUUGGGUGAUUUGUGGUGCCUUCCUGCUGUGUGUUAGCUUUGUUAGCCAGGGGGACUGCCAAACAACUCCAACUCCACCAACCCCCUGCUCUGUCUACAGAAAUUGUGACACCUGUGUUCCCCAUGCCAAGUGCCUGUGGUGCUUCAGCACCAACAACUGCACUGAGUACCCAGUGAGAUGGCUGCUGCCCCCUGCCUCAGUGUGCCAGCUGUCCCAGGCCCGCUGGGGGGUGUGUUGGUUUAACUUCGAAGCCCUGAUCAUCACCCUGGGUGUCGUGGGGGGUGUCAUCCUUAUCAGCAUUAUGGUAUGCUGCUGCUGCUGCUGCUGCUGCAAGAAGAGGCGCUCAAGGCCUGACAGAGAUGAGGAGAGAUUUGUCAGGAGGAGGGAGGAGAUCAAACAGCGCGCGGAGGAACGGAAUGUUGAGAGAAAGGAGAGGCACGACCAGAUCCGCAAGAAGUAUGGUCUGAUGAGUGACUCGGACCACCCGUACAGCAAGUUUGAGAACGAGUAACGCCGCAGCUCUGGAGACGCUCCACAGGCAGCGUGUGGAGCUCAGCCUUCUCUCUCUUAUAGGCAAAAAUCACUUUUCACACUUUUCAUAUUUAGGAUGGAUGAAGCUAGUUUUAAAAAACUUCUUGCAAAGUUCUGUAGUCCUCUGAAUUUUCGUUCUAUAGGCUGCCUCUUUUUAAAUAUUGUAGUUUCAUAUCAGCUUUUGCACUUUGUACAUACAGUAUUGAUUAAUGAAAUACUAAAUAAUGAUUGUAACUCAGAUGUGCUCCAACACAUGAAUAAAUGUCUCCUCUUUUAAAAGCA